AUGGAUCCCAACGCUACUACGACAUCGGCCCCUACGACCACCAGCACCGGCUAUCCCCAGCCGCAGCACUACGGCCAGCAGUUUCCUUUCCAUCCCGGCACUUUCCCCCAAACCAAGCUUCCGUCCCAGCAACAUUCUUUCGGUGCGGUGCCUUUUUCACAACCUGGCGGCCCCAGUGGAGCUAUCAUGCCAGCCGCUGGAGGGUUUCCCCAGCACUCCUCCGACGCUAACGCGGAUUGCUCUUUAGCAGGACCCCACGCGAACUUUACAGCACCUUUCGUUCAACCUUCUGUUCCCUCGAACAUGAACCACUUCCUCCCACCUCAGGUUUCCUCUUCGACACCGAAUACCCCGUCGACCGUAGCGCAAACAUUUUCGCAGAAUAUGGCUUCGAUGUCGGCGAAUAAUAUGCUUCCUGGGCAGCAGCAGAGACCUUUUCAACACCAGUCACAGCAGUCGCAGCCGCAGCCGCAUCAGCAGCAGCAACAACAACAACAGCAGCAACAGCAACAAUUGCUCCAGCAACCACCCCAACAAGCACAACCGCAGCAGCAGCAACAACAACAACAACAGCAGCAGCAGCAACAGCAACAGCAACAGCAACCGUCAGCGACUCAAUCCGGACCAGCAGCGGCCCGGGAAAAAGCGCGUGUUUCCGUCCUCUUAGAGCUUAACUCGAUGCUGCUCCAAGAAGUAGUGAACCUCCAAACUGCAGGCAAAGCUGGAGCACCCCCUCAACAGCAGAGUUCGCAGGAAUCGAACCCCUCUCCCGGAUCCGACCAGGGCGCCAGCCCAGCGCAAAAACCCAGUCCCGAAUACAUCGAGUGCAUGCGUCGGUUACAAGCAAAUUUGGCUUAUCUCGCGACUAUCGCCGACCGGGCGAAGAAAUCGGGCGGCGUUCCUCCGCCGGCGCCUGCUAUUAUGACGCCGCCUCCAAAUAUGCCGUCCAUGGUGGAGGUUUAUAACAAACUCAAUGAGUUGUUCCCAAGAUCUUACAAGGGUGGGAUUGGGACGCCACAGCCGAGUCCGCUGGGUCUUCCUGGAAAUGGGAAGCCUAGUCCGUCGCCCGCUGAGUCUGUCGUUUGA